CCUCCUAUCACUGGCCAAAAAGAUAAAUUGUGAAGAUAUACCUUGAGUCUUGGAAUGCUUGAAUCUUUUAUUCAUACAAAUCUGCAUUGGGAUAUACACAUCAUAUAUAUCAAUCAUUCAAUAGAUUAAUUCACUACAAUUCUCGGAACUCACCGAAUUCACCAUCGCAUCUGACCGUUUUGGCGGGGUACAGUCAGCCACCAUUUACCUACAGAUACUUAAUCAUUUAUCCAUCCCCUUGAUCGUCUCUCUGCACCCAAAACCAAGCUUUUAAACGCCUCUCGUAUCUCUCCUUCCUACAAUCUUUUCAACCUAUCACUUACCAACAUUACAAUCUCGCCAUGUCUUCCCCCACACCCCCCACAACGACAAAACUGGAGCUGCGCACAGCCUAUGGUCCUGUCUAUCGCGAUGUACUCAACACACCACCUCGUCCUUGUACAGAUACAGAGAUUCCUAUCAUUGAUCUUUCGAAUAUAGAUUCUCCCAAUUUGAGCGAUCGUCAAGCAUUAGCUGCAGAAGUACGUGCUGCGGCGGUGGGGACGGGGUUCUUUUAUGUGAAGAAUCAUGGUAUUGAAGAGGCAGUUAUUCAGAAGGCAAAAGAGCAGGCUUUGAGUUUCUUCAAACAGCCAUACGAAGAAAAAGCAAAGAUAGACAAAAGUCAUUCCCGUUACUUUAAUGGCUACAUGGGAUUAAAAAGUUCAAACAUAAGCCCCGGAGAAAGUGUAGAUGUCAAAGAAUCCAUUGCCUGGCGCUACGAGCCCGAAAAUGAUCCAGAUCACCCCCAGCCCCUUUCAUCCAUCCCCUCGGAGGUAAAACCCUGGAUCCGAGGCGAACCCUUCGUCUGGGAAGGAACUUCGCAUCUCCCCAAUUUCAAAACCGACACUCUCGCCUAUUGGAAAUCCUGUCUCUCACUCGCGCGCAAACUCGUCCGAGUCUUCGCUCUCAGUCUCUCCCUCCCAGAAGACUAUUUCGAUUCCCGCGUUACCUACCCCGGAGCAGAUGGCCUCUACAAUUACUACCCACCCAGUACCGAAGCUGAAAGAUCAAACAACAGUGUAGGACUCGGUUCUCAUACCGAUCUCCAACUUUUUACUCUCCUCUGGCAAGAUAUGAUAGGCGGUCUCCAAGUAUUAAACAAAGAAGGUCAAUGGAUCAUGGCGGUUCCAGUGGAAGGAACGAUAGUUGUUAAUAUUGGCGAUUUUAUGAUGAGACUUUGCAAUGAUAUGUAUAAGAGUACCGUUCAUCGAGUUUACAACCGAGCAACCGUGGAGAGAAUUUCCAUGCCGUUUUUUCUUCGAUGUCUGAAGGAGAGUGCUAAUAUGGUGAUAGGACUCAAUUUCAAUUGUGUCGAAGGUGUAAUCUCUACUUGUACUGAUGAGAAUAAUCCUCCCAAAUAUGAGCCGAUAUCUUGUGGUGAUUGGUGUCAACUUAGGUUCAAACUGGAGAAUGAUGAGUUCAAAGAGAAGGCUGCACUGGCAAAAGCACCCAGUGCUGUUGUUGUCAAGGCUUAAGAUUGUAUCAAAACGACUUCAUGUCGAGUUUUCGGAAAUGGGAGACACUCUGUGAUCAACUACUAUUGCAAAAUAAGUUUGGAUAUAGAGGACCAUUUAUCACAUCAUAAAUAAUAUAUCGAUUGUAUCUUUACAAUAGUUAAAAAUUGCAUUUAGUCUAUUGAAUAAAAAUUGAAAUUCCAUCUGAUAUGGCCAUUUCAAUACAUGUGCUCUGCUAGAUAUUCUUUUCAAAAGUCACGAGUAUCAUCAGGUCCUCAACGACCCGCAUCAACAACGCGGAGCUUAUGUGACCAUUCCAAAUAUCGCCGACGUAUCUACGAGCUUCCACUCGAGGUAAGAGGUACCCAUGAUAUCAAGUUCCUACGCAGAACUUCAUAGAUUGACAAUCCACGGAGUUCACAUACAUGCCAGAGUUUUGACAUGUAUGCUCUACUAGUGAAUAGAGGGAUUCUUGAUGGUAAGAGUCGAGAGAUGAAAAUGGUAAUUGGAGAGUCGAAUGUUCGUGUAAAUGCCAAGCGCGACUUCUUGCGCGAGGAGAGCUUGUGGAGAAGUUUAUUCGUGCGGUUGUUGACAUGCUUUGCAAGUGACCAGGACCGUAUGGUCGAUAUUGGCAUUUCCUUGUCGCAUUCAUGUGCUGCAUGAUUUCGAUAUAUCGAUCGCAUAUAACCUCCAUCCCCCACAGAAAUACCCCUUCACAUCUUACUCCCACACAUUCCUUAACCUUUAAUCUCCAUUCCCCCUCACAGAACCCCCUGAACCAACUCCAACAAAUCAAAAUACCCCUCCCUCUCCCCCUCCCUCGCCUCUUUCUCUCCCAGCUCCAACCCCAACCCCACCAACACCGUCCUCCUCUCCUCCGGAUCCCGUCCCAAGAUCAUCGACCCUAUCUGACUCGCAUACAAAUGACCAAUCCUCUCUCUCUUCUCCCCCCCCGCACCAAGUAACGUUCUCGGAGUGAGGUGUUCAAGCGGGAGUAUCAUAUUUCCAUUUCCAUUUCCAUACGCAUCUCCGGAUUCAUUCGCAGCUGAUGGGAGCGGUAUCGACGUAUCGUACGAUGUGGGAGAUGCGGAUGUGUGGGGGAAACAAACCCAUUGUCCUAAUCUCCCCCCUUGUGUGAUGGUAAUGAGAAUCUUGUCGGCGAAAUACAAGCAGGAUACAUUUGUAUCAAUGCCGUUUACUUUCGCAGAAGCGGUUUUGGAACGGGCGGGGAAGGGGGAUGGGAGGAUUUCUGAAAUGGAGGGAAAGUUUGGGGGGGUGGUGAGUGCGGUCAUGAUGGGCUGGAUAGGGUAUGGAGGUAAAAUAUGUGAGAUUUGGGAUUUUUGUGGUGGAGAUGUGGUUCAUUUAUUUAUUUGUUGUAAUGGGAUGGAGAAUGAGAAAGUGUAGUGAGGGGAAGAUGUCAGCCUUGCUGCAAGCUGGAGAGCUUUGACAUUUGAAAAUGCCUACGUAGGUGGCUCAAGCUUCAAUCCCAAAACUAGAGCUCACCGGGAUCCAAGGUCACCGGGAGCU